CAAACGAAUCUCUCUCUCCACAAAAACAUAACUUGACUCGACCCAUGGGCAUACUUGAUCAUCUCUGGGAUGAUACCGUCGCUGGUCCUCGGCCGGAGAACGGCCUUGGCAAGCUUCGGAAACUCCAUACCUUCAGUUUCCGGCCUAGCUCCGGCAAUGAUCAAUCGGACGGUGGAAGCGUGAGAUCGUACGGUGAAGAUUCGCCGGAUGAAGGUUUGAAAGUGACACGCAGCAUCAUGAUAAUAAAACCACCAGGACACCAAGGCGGUUCGGCUCCGGUUUCGCCGGCCGGUUCAACUCCACCGGUUUCUCCUUUCUCUGCAAACGCAGGAGGAAAGGAACCCUUUCGGUUCAGGAGAAGGUCGACUUCGGACACGUUCGAGAAGGCAGCAGGAUCAGAGAAUGGACCAAGGAACUCUCCUCCUACUUACGGCCUGUGAUCUCUAAUCUCUAACCCCAAAUCUUUAACUAGAGAAGGAGGAGAAGAAGAAAAAUCAGAGUAAGCGAUUUCGUUUUGAUACAUCGAAGUGGUCGUUGCAUGCAGAGUUCGUCUUUCUUCCUUUUGUAAAGCUAAGCUAAAGAGCUUCUCUUUUGUUUAUGCGUGUAUGAGGUUGUUUCCGUGUUUGUGAUUGCGUCUCGCCGUCUCUGUUUUUUUAGUGUGUGGGUAUGUGUGUCAUCUCGUUUUCGCUAUGCUUUCUACGUGUCUGUACAUAUUUACUGCAAUGAUAAUAAACUUAUGUAGUUCUUUUUUA